UAAGCAGUGUGGAAUAGACAUCAGACACCUAGUACCAGCCUGGCAUCAUCAAACAAUGGGAAGCAAGAAACAGCCUGCCCAGCCCCUCCAGAGACCAAUCAUUUGUGAGGAUGUAGCAGUGUAUUUCACCAAUGAAGAAUGGGCAUGUCUGACUGAGAAACAGAAGAUCCUUUACCGGAAAGUGCAGUCAGAAACCUUUAAGAACCUGGCAUUUGUAGAUCAGUACACCAGGCAAAAAGAAAAAAGACAGAAGAGAUCAGGUCUCUGUCCCCCAAAGGCAACAGGAAGCAAGAAGAGGAAUUCUCAAGAUCCUAGCUCAAAUCUGGAAGAUGAAGAGAGCAAUGAUAAGGAGAGGGACUCUCUUGCUUGUACAGGGAUGUUCAAAGGUGGACCACUCUAUUUCUGCCUGACCUGUGGCAAAUGUUACAAAAAGUACAUCAACCUCUUUAAUCACCAGUUCAAGGCCCAGAAGACUACUAGCCUCAACGCCGUGGGCUCCAAGCCUCAGCAUCAUAGAGAGAGGACUUUCGCUUGCCAGCUCUGUAACAAGACCUACCGUGAUCCUUCUGGACUGAGCCGUCACCGACGUACUCAUUUAGGUUAUAGGCCCAGUUCAUGCUCUGUGUGUGGAAAACGCUUCCGGGAUCAGUCUGAAGUCAAACGCCACAUGAAGGUACACGAAAACAGGAAGCCAGUGACUGGCAACCAGGAACGUGAGGUGAAGAAGGUUCCACUUAAAACAGCUGGACCCCAAGGUCCCAACCUCAGGCAUGUGAAAGUGAUCCAAAGACCAGUGGUCAGGGCUAAGUCUGUGUUGAUUGGAGGAAAGGGGGCAAAGGUGCAGUAUAGCACUGUAGCUAGAACUAAAGAACUCACUCUCCCAUGGGUCAAAUGUCCUUGA